AUGAAUAUUCUUAAUCUUGAAGCUCAUCUGUCAACAAACAAUGCUUCUGUUCGAUUAACCGAUAUCUGUUUGAAACCAAAUAAUACCAGUUGUGCAGUCUUUUCUGUUCUUCAAUAUUUUCAAAAUUCACGUGACAAUCUUAACAAAAGCGUGGGUGACGAUUUCUUUUCAUAUGGUGAUUAUAUCAUGCAUAUAGCUCAAUGCUCAGCAAAAGUGCCCUCUUCGAAUGAUACAUUACUAAAUCUUUCGUGUUUUUCUGAUUUUGGUGGCAUAAUUCAUCCAUCUGUAAUACUUUCGAAUUAUGCGAGUCCGAAAAAUACCAUGAAAGCUAAAGAACUAGUUAUUACUAUUAUCAUCGAGGAUUCAAAUGAACCUGAAGAUAUUCAAAAAGGUAAGUUAUUCUUCAAUUUUUCAAAAUUUAACUUUCAUUUUAAUGAUCCAGCUGAAGCAUGGGAAGAAGUCUUCAUAAAUUACAUGCGAAAUUUCACUGCUACUCAAGACUCGUUACGUGCUGCAAGUCGUUGGAAUGAAUUGGCAAAUUUUACUGUAUACUACAGUAAUGAACAUUUCAUUAAAAAUGAACUCAAUAGUAUGAUUUGGUCAGAGGAUCAAUCAAAUAUGGAAUGA